AUGGCGGGAGGUGCAAAUUGGAUGGGAGGCCAAAGGAAAACUGCACGACUUCGCUCCAAAGAUGCGGUGACAAAAGCCCAUUUUGGGAAGCAGCGCAUAAUUGCUAGGGAUCUAAAACCAAGGUCUCCGGCUGAAGGACCAACAAAUUCGUCAAGCCUCUAUUUUUCAUUUUCUCAUGCCCCACGUCCAAUAUCUUCAGAGGUGGCUCCUAAUCAACGUGCUAGGCACUAUUCCAAUCUUGCGGUCAAGAAAAGGGGAAAUUCGCCCAGAGAAUCACUCCCACACAGUACUUCGGGCCUUGUGUCGAAUUCUUUGGACCCGAAAAAAAAAACCUCUAAGAUUCUGAAGGCACUUGAUGAGCGAUUCUCUGCAAAGGAGACUCUUGCUACGACAAGACGCCGAAUUCUAGAUAGCAAAAACCUCGUCGGUCUUCCCGCGACCUUUCCAGUAUCGCGACCUAUAGCUUUCAGUGAGGAGCGGACAAAACGGAUUUCUCGGCCCAAAAAUCCUAUCUCGACGCCGUUGCACGAGCUUCCAGGAGCCCAUGCCUUUUCUGAUGAGCGGCCACCUAUUCCGCGCGAGCUGGAUCUCCGUAGUGAUUCUUCCUACACAGGAUCCGAUAUGAGCUCGGUACCCUUUUCUCCCACCCUUGCCGCUGCGGAAAGAUAUUUUGAACACCGUAAAACUAUGCUGCUACCCGGAACCUUACCUCCGCCACAGACAGGGCCCGGCGUUCUGCAUCAAUAUUCGUGGCGUGGAGUAUCCCGGGUACAGGGUCACUCGCACUCGCAGCAGAACGCAAUUACUUCGAAGGAUAGAUCUGUUCACCCCGUUUCGUCUGUUACGCAACCAUCAACAUCCUCCAAUGCUUUGGCCCAACACCCUCUCUUGUCGAGAAAACAGCCCGUCGAGUCUUCGUUCUUUUCUAACGCCCCAGUACCCUGCGCUUCUGCAGAGAAAACACUGACAUUAUCUAACGGUCUUUCGCUACCUGAAGCUUGGGAAGUUCUUGUAAAUGACAUGCUAGAGACAGAUCCAAACCUCUGGGACCGCUCUAAAGACUGUCAAUUUUCGCUGGACGUUGCUAUGAACUUGGGGGAAGGUUAUUCAGAGUAUGCUGGAGCCGAUUAUCGCAUGGGGCUAGCUCGGUUUUCACCCACACCAAAGCCCUCCGCUCAUGGCGACAGUUCUCCUUCCGCGAAUGUUAUCCCAAGCUCAGCCCGCUCAACAACUGGAUCAGACAAUGCUAGUGUGUCGUGGAGCUCGCGGGAUUUGGAUUCAGUCAAGAGCAGUCCGUUAACAGGGGGAACUGAGGAAAGCACAUGCAAUGUGUUCAGGAAUUACUUGGAUUUCCUUGGACCGCCUGCUCGUGAUAAUGUCCGUGACCAAUCUCCACCCCGCCGUUGCUUCGACCAUGCGACGUACUCGUUGGCCCCAAGAAAUAAUUGCUCACCUGUGCAGAUCAGCUCCCUUUUCGAGUCGAGUCCUUGUCGGAAGGAUGUGCUAGUCGGUGGUACUCAAGAGGUCGAUUCGCCGAUAGCUCCCUCGACGUCUUUGUGGGAUCUCUCUUUCCAGAAAUACCCACGUACGCCUCCUGACUCAUUCGAAUCGGAUGCCCGUCAACCCAGUUCUAAACUUCCACUGACAAAAAAUAAUUAG